GGAAAAUAGAAAAGUCACAGUCUCGACACACUUCAAGGGGAAGCUUGGGAUCCUUGUGCCUCUUUGCUUCUAAACAGAAUGGAGCCAAUUCCAAAACUUGUAGUUGGACUUAUCCUGCUGGCUUUCUGCGUGGAAGGCUGCUCCAGCCAACACUGGUCCUACGGGCUGCGCCCAGGAGGAAAGAGGAAUGCUGAAAAUGUGAUCGAGUCUUUCCACGAGAUAGCCAAAGAAGUGGACCCACUAGCAGAACCCCAGCACUUUGAAUGCACCAUCCACCAUCCACGCUCGCCCCUCCGGGACCUGAAAGGAGCCCUGGUGAGUUAAGGUGAUCAUAACAUAGAGCAGGGGUCCUCCAACUUUUUAAACAGGGGGCCG